AUGGAUUCAUCUGAGGUUAACCCAACCUGGAGCCUGGAGUCUCCUCAAAUGUCCAUCGAUGAAAAUUCCCAGGCAAUUCCAAUUGCCUCUCAAACUAUGUCUGAAGUGUUGAUAAAGAACUUCAGUAACUUGACGCUCAACCCUAGUAUCAAAUUGCCCUUCAUUCUACCAGAAUGUCUACCUCAACCGACUGGGUUACUUGGUGAAAACAUACCCUGUAGGAGAGGGGUGACGACCAUGUUAACUGAUCGGAGAGACGAGAUGGAGCGGCUGAUUCAAUCUAUUAAAAAGCGCUACUGCAGCUCCCCAGCGCAAUUACGGGCGGUCUACGGCGUCUGCCGUAGUAGCCGUGUCUGUAGCGGCGCCGAUCUGCAGCAUAUCGGCUCCCUUCCACGGGAAGGCCGUCCGGGCCAGUCACGUUGGCUGCUUCUGCACCCUUCUCUCCUUCAACCACAUCAAACUCCACAGUUUCUCCAUCUCCUACACUGCGCAGAUAUUUCCCGCUACUGCAAAGGAGUUCCUCGGUCUGACUCUCAAAGAGAACCACUGCAGAGCGACGUUGAGACUCCCUCAAGAGUGCAAAGACUUAGAUGCAGCUGUCGUUUUUGCCGGUCUCAUAGAGAUCCUUCUGAGGAUAAUUAUGAGAAUUAUUACACCAAAAAGUAUUACAGUAAUUAUGACACGGAGUCGGAUGAGCCAUAA